UGUGUGUGUGUGUGUCCUCUCGUCCGUCUGUAGGUGCCGAGCUCAGCGAGACGCCGGCGAGAAGGAAGAGGAGGCGAGAGGAGUUUGAGGGGAAAACUUUUGACAAAUCGAUCGCACUUUCUCUCCGCUAGCUCUUACGAGAGAGGCUCCCGCUGGACAAAGUUUUCCAAAGUUUUCCGAGUGUGAUGGUUGCGGGGAGAGCUAAUCCACCAGCUUGAUCCACCGCUUCAUCUCACCACCCCUCGAGCAUCCCCUAAGCCCGCUAUAAGGGAACAAACAAACAAACAAGCAAACAAAGUUACACCCCGAGUCGCCUCGUGUCUCUUCUCUCUCUUCUUUUAGGCAAUUUUUUCCCUCCCUCUCUCCGCUCCCCUCGCAGCCUCACUCCCCUUCCCUCGGCCCCUUCCUCCUUCUCCGUUUCGGCUGGAGGUGCCAGGACCCCCGGCCGCAGCCUCCCCUCCCCCGCCGCUCGCGUCCCUUCUCAUCCGGCCCUCCCCUCCCCCGCCGCGGCCGGCACAGCCAAUCCCCCGAGCGGCCGCCAACAUGCUCUUUGAGGGCUUGGAGAUGGUGUCGGCGCUGGCCACCCUCGCCGCGUGCCUGGUGUCGGUGACGCUGCUGCUGGCCGUGUCGCAGCAGCUGUGGCAGCUGCGCUGGGCUGCCACCCGCGACAAGAGCUGCAAGCUGCCCAUCCCCAAGGGCUCCAUGGGCUUCCCGCUCAUCGGAGAGACCGGCCACUGGCUGCUACAGGGUUCCGGCUUCCAGUCGUCGCGGAGGGAGAAGUAUGGCAACGUGUUCAAAACGCACUUGCUGGGGCGGCCGCUGAUCCGCGUGACAGGCGCAGAAAACGUGCGCAAGAUCCUCAUGGGCGAGCACCAUCUCGUGAGCACUGAGUGGCCACGCAGCACGCGCAUGCUGCUGGGCCCGAACGCGGUGGCCAACUGCAUUGGCGACAUCCACCGCAACAAGCGCAAGGUCUUCUCCAAGAUCUUCAGUCACGAGGCCCUGCAGAGCUACCUGCCCAAGAUCCAGCUGGUGAUCCAGGACACGCUUCGUGCCUGGAGCAGCCGUCCCGAGGCCAUCAACGUGUACCAGGAGACGCAGAAGCUCACCUUCCGCAUGGCCAUCCGUGUGCUGCUGGGCUUCAGCAUCCCUGAAGAGGACCUUGGCCACCUCUUCGAAGUCUACCAGCAGUUUGUGGAGAACGUCUUCUCCCUGCCCGUCGACUUGCCUUUCAGCGGUUACCGGCGGGGCAUUCAGGCACGGCAGAUCUUGCAGAAGGGCCUGGAAAAGGCGAUCCGGGAGAAGCUGCAGUGCACCCAGGGCAAGGACUACUCGGAUGCACUGGACAUCCUCAUCGAGAGCAGCAAGGAGCACGGCAAGGAGAUGACCAUGCAGGAGCUGAAGGACGGGACCCUGGAGCUGAUCUUCGCAGCUUAUGCCACCACGGCCAGCGCCAGCACGUCGCUCAUCAUGCAGCUGCUGAAGCACCCCGCCGUGCUGGAGAAACUGCGCGAGGAGCUGCGGGCCCAGGGCAUCCUGCACAGCGGCGGCUGCCCUUGCGAGGGCACGCUGCGCCUUGACACUCUCAGCGGGCUCCACUACCUGGACUGUGUCAUCAAGGAGGUCAUGCGCCUUUUCACACCCAUUUCUGGUGGCUACCGUACCGUGCUGCAGACCUUCGAGCUCGAUGGUUUCCAGAUCCCCAAAGGCUGGAGUGUCAUGUACAGCAUCCGGGACACCCACGACACGGCGCCCGUGUUCAAGGACGUGAACGUGUUCGAUCCGGACCGCUUUGGUCAGGCCCGGAGUGAAGACAAGGAUGGCCGCUUCCAUUACCUCCCGUUCGGCGGAGGAGUCCGCACCUGCCUGGGCAAGCAUCUGGCCAAGCUCUUCCUGAAGGUUCUGGCGGUAGAGCUGGCCAGCACGAGUCGCUUUGAGCUGGCCACCAGGACCUUCCCCCGCAUCACCUUGGUCCCUGUCCUGCACCCCGUGGAUGGCCUCAGUGUCAAGUUCUUUGGCCUGGACUCUAACCAGAACAAGAUCCUGCCAGAGACGGAGGCCAUGCUGAGUGCCACAGUCUAACUGCGCCUAGUCUGUACCCCCACCUCAGCCCAGCCAGGCCUGGGGGUGGGUGGUGGUGGUGGGAGGCACCAGAAGGGUCGAAACCUGUGUGUGGGAGGAGGCGGGAACCUGGGGAAGGGGGAGUGGCCCCCCCAUACCUUGCCCUCCCCUGUCCCCCCCCCCCCCCCCGCCCCGGCAAACCCUACCCAAAGCCAGAAAGGCCCCAUCCUUCCGGGGGGCGGGGGGAGGGAAGGACCCUUUUCCUGGCUCCUACUUCUGUCCCAGUCCCUCCAGUUCCCACCGGCUUAGCUCCUGGGAAGUGGCAGGGUGGGGCGCUCCGCAUGCCCAUUACAGUGUUAAACGUCAGUGGCUCAGCUGCAGCAUUUGCUUGUGAUGUUCCCAACUGGUCCCUCUUCUCCAUUGCUUUUGCACCCUUUUUAGUCUGAGGGCAGGUGGUUGAUGUGGGGGAGGGAGGAAAAGAGGGGCCCCCUUUGGUUCUCAAUUCAGCACCGCCCCCUCCUGCUUUGACUCACUCAGGUGGAGUGCCCCUCCUUGUGUGGCCGUCAAAGAACACCAUCCUGGGUAAUAGAACACAAGUGCCCUUUGGUGGGGUGGGGGGCUGCAAGCAGCCUGAAGGGGCCCCACCCUUUUGCCCGUUUGGACAUUUGAAAUUACCUAUUGCUGCUACUUUUUCUCUCUUCUGACCUUGGGGCAAAGGAGCCCCAGGCCCUGUCCUCCCAGCAUCCUCCCUGGUGGCCCUGGGCAUGCGCACUGACAUCCCCACCUUCCCACCAGGCAGCCUUGAGCCCAUCCUGCUCCCCUAUUACACACACGCCCAAGGCCUUUGGCUCAUGGGCUGCACCCCUUCCCCCCCACCCCCCCCCCCCC